AUGGCUGGCGGCAACCCCAAGCACUUCAACCUUCAGGACAGCCCUUUCGAACUCUUCAUCCUCGAUGACGGGGAGAAGAAGAUUGAGGAGAAGGUGUUCUCUGGCAUGUCCAACACCUCCGACUUCGUCCUGAAGAAGGAAGACCACACUCUCGGUAACCUUCUCUCCGAGCACCUCAAGAUGCACCCCAACGUCUACAUGGCUGGCUACAAGAUUGCCCACCCUAACGUCCCUGAGCUCUUCAUUCGUGUCCAGACUGACGGCACCAUCACUCCUCGUGAUGUGUUCACCUCCGUUUGCGAGAAGCUGAUCAAUCAGCUCGAGAUGCUCCACCAGGAGUUCACUCGCGAGUGGGAGCUCCGUCGCAUCACCAACACUGGUGAGCAGGGCAACAUGCAGAACGGUCACUGA